AUGUCAUCUCCGUCCAGAAGAAAGAAUGCGACAAGCAAGGCAAUUAUUACGCAAAAAUCGGCCAAAACCCUUAUCGAAGAAGCUAUGAAUAUUAGAGGGCCAAGGGAUGAUUCUUUUGAUAUAGCAGAUUCAACGGAUUGGUUAGGAACGCCACUUUCUAAAUUCGCAGAUGUCGAUUCAUUAUUACGAUGUCAAGUCUGUAAGGACUUCUUCACUACGCCAAUGAUCACUUCUUGUUCGCACACUUUUUGUUCACUUUGUAUACGAAGAUGCCUCAAUAAUGACUCGAAAUGUCCGACAUGUAGAUCGAACGACCAAGAAGUCAAGCUGAAAUCGAAUGCUGCUAUCGAGGAUUUGGUGGAAGCUUUCAAAAGGGCGAGACCGGCGGCACUGGAACUUGCGAGGAAACCUAUGGUGGAUUCUAUUGUUACAUCUCCAAAGAGGAAGCGUGAAAGAUCAGAUCUUGAUGGAUUGGACGAGCAAGCAAGUAAAAAAACGAGAGCUUCGACUCGCCAGGCAACACGACGACUCGAGAGCACGGAGGCAGCACAGGAAUCAGCGAUAGUUAUUGAUGAAGGGGACAAUGAUGCAGAUUUCGAACCUGACGAUGGUCUCACUGCAUGUCCGGUAUGCAAUCGACGGAUGACAGCAAAAAGUGUUGAAGCUCACAUUGGGAGGUGCCUUGCGGAGUCCGCAACUACUCCUCAAUCUACGAGUAUCUUAUCGAAAUCCUCAAUUCCAUUAUCUCAGCCAGUCAGACGGCCGGAGCGAUUACCUGUCGUCAAUUUCAGUUUAAUCAAAGACCAGGCCUUGAAGAGGAAGCUCAUAGACUUAGGGAUAUCGGCUGGUGGGGGGAGAGAAAUGAUGAGGAAGAGAUUAACAGAGUAUACGACUAUAUGGAAUGCCAACUGUGAUGCGAAAAAUCCGAGGAGUACGGCGCAAUUAAAAAGGGAUCUCGAUUCUUGGGAAAGGACGCUGGGAUCAAGAGCACCACAACCAAGCGCAUUAUCCGCUCAUAUCAAGGAUAAGGAUUUUGACGGGCAAGCAUGGGGAGAAGAACAUAAAAAUGGCUUCAAAGACUUAAUAGCUCAGGCUCGUCAAAAAAUUGCGAAUAAUAAGCCUUCUAAAGAGUUAGAAGCGGACUCUUUGGCAUCCACGACAGUGCUACCGGCAUAUAGUCAAGAUUCACCAGGGAUUGCACUCAAUGGGGAUGUUGGGAAGACGCGGGAAGAUAUGCUACCAGAGAUUCAGCGCGAGCGGAAAUCUGAAAAUCACCCAAUACCACUACUGCCUAGGGCAUCAGAAGCCAACAGUCCACUCUCUAAUGGGCGAUUCUUCUCAGAAAGCGCAGGACUACCGGAGCACGUGAUGGCUGCUCCACCAUCAUCGCAAUAUGAUAAAAGCAUGCCAAUAACGCAUGUACAAGAGCGGCAAGAUGCAUUUGCAGGAGCAGGAGCGGGAGCAGAUAUAAACAAAAAUGGGCCGAUGCAGCCAUAA